AUGCAGGGAAAUAAGAAACAUACAGAAGGACAUAGUGAUUCCUCAAGUAUUGGGAGUCUCCUGGAUGAUGCAGACAGGGAGGUGAGCAGCCUCACAGACCGAGCUUUCAAAAGUUUGUGUGUAGCAGAACUCGAAGACUCUUACAAUGAACCAGAACUUGCCAUUUCACCUGACUUCGCCCUCCAGUUGUCAGCUAAAAUUCACUCAGGGACGUUAAACCAUGACAUCAAGAAAAGCAAUGUCUGUAACAAGUUAACAACAAGAAACAAUGAACAUACAGUAUGGGCUUCCACAUUCCAGCAGUCACCAAAGUGUGCUCCAGAGGAAAAAAAGAUUGCUAAAAAUAACACCUUUGCCAUGGAAAGGAAAAUGCUGAAUUUGCCAGUCCCUGGUCCAAGGAACAAUAAGCAUGUUUCAAAAGUGUCCUCAUUGAUUAAGACAUUUGAUAAGACUACAGACCAAGGAUCAGGAAGUUCUCUGUUAGCAAAUAAGCAGCCCAUUAAGAAUAGCUUUCAAAAAUAUAAAAUAAAUCAUGACAAUGAUAUUGCCUGCCAGGAUGAUACAGACAUUUUAAGCAUCCACAAGGAACUUCCUGAAUUUUCUGAGGCUAGUCAAGAUAGCCACUGUCUCAGUGGCAACCAUGAGCCACAGAAAAGACCUAAUAAAGCAGACCUGAGUUAUGGUGGCUCUGAUGGUUAUUAUCCUGUGCUGAUUGAGAUGUCAAAAGUAGCCAAGUCAAAUUUUUCCCGUUCUUCUAAAAAGGCUUUAAAAAACAGAAGUGUGAAAGUUAAUGAGCCAGAAAAAAAAGGUAAUUUUCUUCACAGUGAGAAUAGUGCUUUUGAAUCAUGGAACGUUCAUCAUAAAAAAUUGACUGAAAAGGAGAAAUUUGUUGAUAUGAAAACAGAAAAGGAAGGCCUUGCAUACCUGGAAGAAGCACCGCUUAUUAAGGGAUCCCACACGCGUGAACAUAAAUUGUCACCUGUCAUGACCACUGCUGCUAAGAAGCAGGAGAAAGAAUUUCAGAUGAAAUCAACUCCACCAGAAGCUGCUUUCCCUGUCCCAGCUGUGUAUGUACCUCAGGGUUCCCUCCCUUCAGAAACCGAAUUUCCUGCUGCUUUACCACCCACACCUCCCCCUAGGAACCAUGCACACCAGGGUCCCCCUCGGCCACCCCCUGCCCCACAGGCACUUCCACUUCCACCCCCCACCCAGAAGGGUCAUACCCCAACACCUCCUACCCCUGAAGCCCCUCCUGUGCCACCACCCCCAGUGCCAGCUCAACUUUCCCCCUCUGCCAUGUCCCAAGCCUCUGUCUCACCCCAGUCUGUGUCCUAUAGGACAGUUUCACCCUCACUCACAUUUCAGGCACCCAGCCCACCUCCAGCAAAGCCCCAGGCCACCUUAACUGAAGAGGAAGCCCUCAGCACCCAACUGGGCAAUACCUGUCCACCCUGGAGGAGACAGAGGGCUACAGACAGGACAGCAGAGAGGAGACAGACUGCAAAGGACAAGUUCACAGACAGCCACAAGCCAUGCUCAUUGCCUGAAAAGGUGACUGAUGCUGAACCUGGUCUGGAGGUGACUUCUCUGGCUAAACAGGUAAACUCCUCUGGAUCAAUCAGUCCCUCUUUCAACAUCACUGAACUACUAACACCUGUCAUACCACCCAAACAGGUGGUGGACACUGUUGAAAGCGAGCUGAUCCCAUUGACACCUCCUCCCACUGAGAGCACAGCGUCAAGAGACCAUGGGGAGAGCACCUGGGGUGAUUAUAGGUCUUGGGAUAAUUACAAAUUGACAGCAUCAAGUCUGUUAUUCAACUUGAAAGAUGUGCGCAAACGUGUUAAAAGCAUUUAUACUCCUUCUCCCCUGUUAAGGGCCUUGGAGGAGAAAAAUAAAAUUAGGGAAAAUAUACAGGAGAAUACAAAAAUGAAUACCUCACUCUUGACUUUGCAAGGAAACAGUAAGAAAAAUAUUACCGAGAAAGAUGAUUUGAGUGAUAUAGCCUCUGUAUUGUCUAGCAGUGUUCAUGAAAAGGACAAUAAAACUGAUUUAACUGAACACUUUGCAGACAAUUACCUGACUUUGAGUUCACCCCAGACAACAGCAGACCUUUCAUCUUACCAAACUGGAGACAGCUUGCAGCAAGAUGAUUCAAAAGGCAAAGAUCUGGUUAAAAGCACGAGGGAUGAUGAAAACUUCCCGUUUUUCAGACAUGAAUCAAAUGAACCUGAUUUAGGAAAACGUCUGCAGUAUUCAACACCAAAACCAUUCAUUAGAGACAAUGUAGCUACAACAGCUGGACAGCCCAUGAAAAACCAUGGUGUGCAGGGUGAAGAAAAUGACAGACAGGCUGCUGUUCAGAAUGAAAAUUGUACCUUCAAAAUACUCAUACACCAACUCUCACCAGCAGAGGAUGUACUUUACAGUGACACCCACACUAACAUUGUGGUACCUGGCCAUGAAGCACAAAGCAAAAGAAGCACCAGUUCUUCAGAGCAAUCUUUUGUCUCCACAGUGGAGCAGCCACUUCAGGAGGAGCCAUUUCUACCAGUGCCCCUGAUACAGAAAACAUACCUUCAAGAAAGUCAGAGGCCUGAGCAUGAAAUGAAUGCAGACAGUAAGAAAAGACACAAGGAGAGAAGGAGAGAGUUUGGGGAAGAUGAAAUGCAGGAUGUUGCUUGUAUCAGCCCUGGUACCGGUGCAGCAGAGAAGAGGGAGGGAAAGGUCAGUAUAAAUGGACAGAAUAGUUUGGUGAAAGAGAAACUAAGGAGAGAGAAAAAGGAAGAGGCCAACAGCAUGAAUUCUGCUUCUGAGAGUAUAAGGGACAUGUCCAUGCCCAGGUGUGAGGAACCACAAACACCAUCAUCUUCAAGCUCAACCAAACCCAGUCUGUUUAUGAUUAAAGAUAACACAUUCAGGUCACCUCAGGUAAUAAGGGCUGUCAAGAUGCCCCUAUUCAGGUCCUUUUCCCUAGAUGAUACAGUGAGCAGCAGUUAUAGGGAAAUGCAACGUAGGUUUAUGUCCCCAGCAGUUUACAACAAGCAGCACCGAAACAUGUUGCAUGCCCAGGAGGUAGGCUGGUUUGCACUGAGAUGCAGAGGGCAGCAGAACGUGAGGGAUGGAGCAAAUGAGAGAGGUAAAGAAGCCAGUGAGCCUGGAUCUACUUCAGAAACAUUGGAUCUCAGUCUUCCAGAAGAUACAGAGAGCUUUUUGUUAAAGAAACAGAUGGAAGAAGAUGAAAAGACUUGUUCUUUGUUAAGUAAAGUUGGGAAAAUCAAUGAAGAAAGUGUCUGGAGAAGUAAAGAGAAGCCUCAAACUACAAAGGCAAGACACAGCUUAAUACAGCCAAUAAUAGGUCUGGAAAACAAUCAAGUUCAAAACAACCCCAGCUAUCCCACAGAAAAAAAGGCAAAUUACUUUAAGAAUCAUCAUUUAUCUAACCGCAAAGGUGGCUCUUGUGUGAAAAAAAUAAUCACCAGAGACACAAUUUCCCCUGUGACUGACUCUAUAUCAGAGGACCACACAUAUUCUCCUGUAUCCAAUGAUGCUUUAGAGGACAUCCUACAUGCAGAAGGUGCACCAGUUUUGUUAGACAAUCUUACAUGCUCGACUGUUACAAGCCCCAGGUCAGGCAGCACGAUGCGCUCUCUUGCUGCCAGUUCAUUGUCAAAUAAACCAACUAUUUCUGGCCUCAGAGAGACAGAGGACGUUAUAAAUCCUUCCUUGCAGAACAUGGCACUAAAGAGACAAGCUUAUAUGCCUGCAGAAGAGGUACCUGAUUUAACACAGAGGAAUCUGCUUUCUGAUUUUGCAGGGGAAGCUGAGAGACUGGAGCCCAGGGGACUUGGUGAGAGACCAGAAUGCAAGCCACCCACUGUGCCACCAAAAACAGAAAAGGCUCUGCGUCGGGCCAAAAAGCUGGCAAACAGGAGAAAGAAAAUGCAAGAGCAGCAGAAAAGACAUCAGACUGAGCAUAUAGAUGCUGUAGGGAGAAAGCCUUCUCAUUCUGGACACACACUAGUAUCUGCUUCACCCUUGGGAUAUUCUCCCUUCCAUCCUCCCCUUCACUCAGCUUUUAGUCCCACAGAAACCAAUACUGGAAGACCUGGUGCUACACCAGGAGUAAGCCCUUCACCCUCUUCCAGCCAGCGUAAACUCCUCCAAGACCCUGACUCUGGUCAAUACUAUGUAGUUGAUUUACCAGCUGAAGUUAAUUUAAAGACAUUUUAUGACCCAGAAACUGGAAAAUAUGUUCAAGUCACAAUCCCUUCCUUGGAACAAUUCCCCUCUUCAGAAAUUAUGAAUUCUCCCUAUGCCUUCUACCCUAGAGUGCUGCCUUUACCAGCUUCAUCUGUAGCAGUGCUGAAGUCACCUUCUCAUCUCUCUGAACCCACCUGGUCAAUGCUUGCUGUACCAGAACCAGCUGAACUACCUGAAGAUGGCCAGCAGGACUACAAAUAUGCUGAAGCUGUGGAUACUCAGCCCUAUAUUGAACCAGUCUCUGACAGUCAAGGUGCUGAAGAAACUCAAGUUCACUUAGGAAAGGACAUGACCCCAACCCCAAAUACAGGCAUAGUACCCCUCACUGAUCUAGAUGAUUUUGCUGCUGAAGGGGUAUCUUGA